AUUGUGCGUCACAGCUGCGUCACAGCUGCGACACACGCGGCUCUUCCGUUCGGCCUGUGUACGCGCACAGACGCGCUUUCAUAUUUUAACUCGUUAUUUAUAUUAAAAAUCUCUCAUAAUUAUGGCCGCCGCCGCAGCUCCUGUGAGGAAGAGGAUCCUGAAGGAGGAAGACAUGACGAAGAUCGAGUUUGAGACGAGUGAAGAGGUCGAUGUGACGCCGACGUUUGACACGAUGGGCCUGAGGGAAGAUCUGCUGCGCGGGAUCUACGCGUACGGGUUUGAGAAGCCGUCAGCCAUCCAGCAGAGAGCCAUCAAACAGAUCAUCAAGGGAAGAGACGUCAUCGCUCAGUCUCAGUCUGGAACCGGUAAAACAGCCACGUUCUGUAUCUCAGUGCUGCAGUGUUUGGAUAUACAGGUUCGAGAGACUCAAGCACUGAUUUUGGCUCCGACCAGAGAGUUAGCCGGACAGAUCCAGAAGGUGCUUCUGGCGUUGGGUGACUACAUGAACGUUCAGUGCCACGCCUGUAUCGGAGGCACAAACGUGGGCGAGGACAUCAGGAAGCUGGACUACGGGCAGCAUGUGGUGGCAGGAACGCCCGGCCGCGUGUUCGACAUGAUCCGCAGGAGGAGUUUGAGGACUCGUGCCAUUAAGAUGCUGGUGUUGGAUGAAGCAGAUGAAAUGCUCAAUAAAGGUUUUAAGGAACAGAUUUACGACGUGUACCGAUACCUGCCGCCCGCCACUCAGGUGUGUCUGAUCAGCGCCACGCUGCCACACGAGAUCCUGGAGAUGACCAACAAGUUCAUGACCGACCCCAUCCGCAUUCUGGUCAAACGUGAUGAAUUGACGCUGGAGGGGAUCAAGCAGUUCUUCGUGGCCGUCGAGCGAGAGGAGUGGAAGUUUGACACGCUGUGUGACCUGUACGACACGCUGACCAUCACGCAGGCCGUCAUCUUCUGCAACACCAAACGCAAGGUGGACUGGCUGACGGAGAAGAUGAGGGAGGCGAACUUCACCGUGUCGUCGAUGCAUGGAGACAUGCCACAGAAAGAGCGAGAGUCCAUCAUGAAGGAGUUCAGAUCUGGAGCCAGUCGAGUGUUGAUCUCCACAGACGUUUGGGCCAGAGGUCUGGAUGUUCCUCAGGUUUCUCUCAUCAUUAACUACGAUCUUCCCAACAACAGAGAGCUGUACAUCCACAGGAUUGGUCGAUCGGGUCGUUAUGGCAGGAAGGGUGUGGCCAUCAACUUUGUGAAGAACGACGACAUCCGUAUCCUCCGUGAUAUUGAGCAGUACUAUUCCACGCAGAUCGACGAGAUGCCCAUGAACGUGGCUGACCUGAUCUGAGGGCUGAAAUACUCCAGCACCGUUACAGUUUUGCUUUCAUUUGGAUCUUUUAUUUUUCAUCUCUUGUAAUUCUUUUUAUUUACUCUUUUUAUGUAGUUUGAGCGUGCUCAGAUGUGACGGGAGUUUGUGUUCCUGCACUGUUGGGUUUGUAAAUAAAGAAUCUUUGUCUCCA